AUGGCAAGGAACUGCAAAACCAUACUUCCCUCACAGAGGCAGUCUAGAAGAAACCUGAAGAAGAAUCCUCCAAAGAAGGAAGGUCAAAAACAGAAAGUAGAUGUUGAAGAGAAAAGAAGGAAACACAUCACAGUGGCAGAGAAGGCAGUUUGGGUUGAGAAAAAGAAGAAAGGGGACAGUGACAGUUCACUUAUUGUUCAAACUGCUUUCCAGGCACACAGUAAACCAUCACCAUGGAUUCUUGACAGCGGAUGCUCUACUCAUAUGACAGGUGAUAAAGAUAAAUUUCUGAAUCUAGAACAUGUUGGAAAAAGCUCGAUUAGAUUUGGAAAUAAUGAUGGCGCUAGAGUUGAAGGGAAAGGAAAAAUCAGAUUAUACAAUGGACAUAUUUCUUCUAAUAAUGCUUUAUAUGUUAGUGAACUGAAACACAACAUCUUGAGUGUCAGUCAAAUAUGUGAUAGUGGCAAUGAAGUUCUAUUCACCAAAGAUGGGUGUGUGAUCAAGAAGACAAAGAAUGGGAAGAUUGUGGCACAAGGAUCAAGGGCAGCUCGUAAUCCCUAUGCACUUUCUGAAGGUCUUGAAGAAAUGUGCAUGAUAAGCAAGAAAGGGGUACUUUUCGAUGACAACCUUGAAGCACUCAAAGACAAACCUGAAGUUAUUAAUCCACGAGCACAAUAG